UAAGAUGUCAACGCAUGAUUUUCACGUAAUUUCAUUUAACAAGUUUAACAGCUAGAAACAUUAAUGAAGUCUGGGGUGAUGGCAAUGAGUGAGAGCACCGGUCAGAGAAAGUUUGAAAAAUUUUGUGAACGGGACUAGCCUUGAAAAAACAAAAACAAUCUUGGAAGGAUUUCUUCCCUACAUGGUGAUGUUCUGUGACCUUUGGUCUAAGAAACUCUCAGAGCAGCAGUGCAGAGAAUCUUUCAGUUAACAAAUUGACCGUCGCUGACCCCUUGAAGCAAUUGAAAAGAAUCAGCAAGAGGAAGGAACAAAAAGGAAGAUAAGAGAUAGUGCAGUUGACUCAAAAGCCUUUGGUGCUUCCAUUUUCGGGGGCAAAGUGCAGUUUCAACACUUUCUACCAACCAAGUGCCACAUGAAAGAAGAUAGAUUCGUCUUAACAAACAUCAGUCCUUGAGUCUACAGCAUCAACGGUUUUGUUUAGUUGAUUUUUGUUUUCCUUUUAAUUUGAAAUUACUUUUACUUUUUUUUCUUUUUCAAUUAUUUUAUUCGUAUUUUAAUUUAAAAGAAGAAAAUUAUUGGGAAUAUUCUAAGGUCUCAAAUUGGAAAUUGAACCCAGGUCAGAUUGGCUGUUUAGCGAGUCCAUUAAUUUGUGUGCUUUCAGGUUAAGCUUUUUCUUUUUCUAUUUUUUAUUUAUUUUUUCAAAAUUUAACAAAAACCUAAGGCAAAAAAAGAAGAUGGCUACUGAUAAAGUAACUUUAACAGAUGCACUGUCUAAUGUUGAUGUUUUAGAUGAACUGGCAUUGCCUGAUGAGCAGCCGUGUAUCGAGGCGCAGCCAUGCUCUUUAGUCUACCAGUCAAAUUUUGACACCAAUUUCGAGGACAGGAAUGGUUUUGUCACUGGCAUCGCCAAAUAUAUCGAGGAGGCGACAGUUCACGCACGGCUCAAUGAACUCCUGGAAGAGGGACAGGAGCACGCCGUCAUGCUCUACACGUGGCGCUGCUGCUCCCGUGCCAUCCCCCAGCCCAAGUCGAACGAACAGCCCAAUCGUGUGGAAAUAUACGAGAAGACUGUCGAAGUCCUCGCCCCUGAAGUACACAAGCUGUUGAAUUUCAUGUAUUUUCAGAGGAAAGCGAUUGAGAGGUUUUCCGCCGAAGUCAAGAGGUUGUGCCACACAGAGAAGAGGAAAGAUUUCGUCUCCGAAGCCUACCUGCUCACUCUCGGCAAAUUCAUCAAUAUGUUUGCAGUCCUUGACGAACUCAAGAAUAUGAAGUCAAGCGUAAAAAACGAUUACUCCACUUACAGGAGAGCCGCUCAGUUUCUCAAAGUGCUCGCCGAUUCACACACCCUUCAAGAAUCACAAAACCUGUCAAUGUUUCUUGCAACACAAAAUAAAAUCAGGGACACGGUUAAAGAAAAUUUAGAAAAAAUUGCAGGCUACGAGGAACUUCUGUCCGAUGUUGUUAAUCUAGCAGUGCACAUGUUUGACACGAGAAUGUAUCUAACGCCAAACGAAAAACACAUGCUUGUCAAAGUCAUGGGAUUUGGCCUUUUUCUGAUGGACAAUGAAAUGUGUAAUAUCAAUAAAUUGGACCAAAAGAAAAAAUUGAAUCUGAGCAAGAUUGAUAAAAUAUUCAAGAAUCUUGAAGUCGUGCCACUUUUUGGAGACAUGCAAAUUGCACCUUUCAACUACAUUAAAAGAAGCGCCCAUUUUGAUGCUUCUAAGUGGCCAUUGUCCAGCUCCACUGCAAUGAGUCCUCAAGCCGAACUCAUGAUUCACUUGCCACAGAUCCGCGAAGACCAUGGCAAGUACAUCAGUGAGCUCGCCAGAUAUUCUAAUGAAGUGACAACUACAUAUAAAGAGACACGUACAGACAUUGAAAAUAAGGAAACUGCAGAUUUGGCACUCAGAGGCUUACAGUUGUUAUCAGAAUGGACGAGUGUCGUCACUGAGCUUUAUUCAUGGAAAUUGCUUCACCCGACUGACCAUCAUCAGAAUAAGGAGUGCCCGGCUGAGGCCGAAGAAUACGAGAGAGCAACUCGGUACAAUUACACAACUGAAGAAAAAUUUGCACUGAUAGAGGUCAUCGCCAUGGUUAAAGGUCUACAGGUUUUAAUGUCUCGAAUGGAAACUGUAUUCACAGAAGCUAUCAAGAGGAAUAUUUACGCCGAACUUCAAGAUUUUGUACAGCUCCAUCUAAGAGAACCCUUGAGAAAGGCGAUUAAAUAUAAAAAAGAGUUGAUCAGGAGUAUUAUCGUAUCUGUGAGGGAGACUUGUGCUGACUGGCAGAGGGGUUUCGAACCUCAAGCGGAUCCGGCACUCAAAGGGAAAAAAGAUCCAGACUCUGGUUUUGGAAUAAAAGUUCCCAGGAGGAAUGUCGGUCCUUCAUCCACUCAAUUGUACAUGGUAAGGACGAUGCUCGAAUCGCUAAUCGCAGAUAAAUCUGGUGGCAAACGUACUCUCAGAAAAGACAUAGACGGGCAAUAUUUAGUUCAUAUCGAUCAGUUCCACAAAACAUCGUUUUUCUGGAACUAUCAGUUGAGUUUCAGCGAAUCGCUUCAGCAAUGUUGUGAUCUAUCACAGCUUUGGUACCGGGAGUUUUAUCUGGAGAUGACCAUGGGCAGAAGAAUCCAAAAAUGUACAGUAAAACAUCAACACAAUGAUGAAUGCAGUGAUUUGAUAACGAUGGAAAAAAGAAUUCAGUUUCCCAUUGAAAUGUCAAUGCCAUGGAUCUUAACAGAACACAUCCUGCGAACAAAAGAGCCGUCAAUGAUGGAAUUUGUUUUAUAUCCUCUUGAUCUGUAUAACGACAGUGCACAUUAUGCUCUUACCGUUUUCAGAAAACAAUUCCUUUAUGAUGAAGUUGAAGCUGAAGUAAAUCUCUGCUUUGAUCAAUUUGUUUAUAAGUUGUCAGAGCAAAUUUUUACUCAUUAUAAACAACUCGCUUCAAGUAUACUUCUUGACAAGAGGUUCAGAUCGGGGUGUGAAUCACUCGGCAUGAGUAUCUAUGUAUUCCCAUACCCGAGAGCUAAUAGAUACGAAACUCUUCUAAAACAGAGACAUGUUCAGCUUUUAGGAAGGUCCAUCGACCUCAACAAACUCAUCACCCAAAGAAUUAAUGCUGACAUGCAAAAGGCUUUAGAUGUAGCGAUAAGCAAAUUUGAGGCAGGUGAUAUAACAGGUGUCGUUGAAUUGGAUGAAUUGCUGCAAGUAAAUCGAGUCUGUCACAAGCUGUUGAGCAAGUUUCUCGCCUUGGACGAUUAUGACGCCAUGUUCAGAGAGGCAAAUCAUAAUGUUUUAGCUCCCUAUGGAAGAAUAACACUGCAUGUUUUCGGGGAAUUGAAUUUCGACUUUCUCCCAUGUUAUUGCUACAAUGCCGCAACGAAUCGUUUUGUGAAAAGCAAAGGCGGCAUAGAUUUUAUUCCGCCUGUCCACCGUGACAAGUUGCCACAAAUGCGCUAUCAGUAUCUGUGGGGGAGCAAACAACUCAAUAUAUCUUAUUCAACCAUUUUUGGACAGUAUACCGGUUUUGUCGGAACGUGUCACAUGAGGUCGAUAUGUCGUCUUUUGGGCUAUCAGGGCAUAGCUGUUGUUAUGGAAGAAUUGUUGAAAAUCGUCAAAGGCUUGAUUCAAAACACUUUAUUGCCAUUUACAAGGGCUUUGAUGGAUGCUAUGCCUAAAGUUUGCAAACUUACAAGAUACGAUUAUGGUUCCCCUGGUGUAUUUGGGUACUACCAAGCCCAACUCAUUGAUAUCAUCCAGUAUGCUGAUGCUAAAACAGAUCUUUUUCACCAAUUUAGAGUACUUGGAAACAUGAUUAUUUUCUGCCUCUUGAUGGAACAAGCUCUAUCCCAGGAAGAAGUAUGCGAUUUGUUACAUGCCGCCCCAUUUCAGAAUAUACUUCCCAAACCAUUCUGCAAGGAAGGGGGGAAGCCCGAGGCAAAACAGAAAAGGCUCGAAGCGAAGUAUGCAUCUCUACAAAUUGUACCAAAUAUCGAAAGGCUCGGCACACCGAAACAGGCACAGAUUGCAAGAGAAGGUGAUUUACUGACGAGAGAGCGUUUAUGCUGUGGACUCUCCAUUUUUGAAGUAGUCCUUACUCGUUUGGGAGGGUUUUUAGACGAUCCAGUCUGGAUCGGGCCUCCUCCUCCAAAUGGAGUUAUGAACAUAGACGAAUGCACCGAGUUCCACCGCCUGUGGUCUGCUUUGCAAUUCAUCUAUUGCAUCCCAGUCGGUGACACAGAGUUAACCGUCGAGGAACUAUUCGGCGAGGGGUUAAACUGGGCUGGCUGCACCAUGAUCGUCCUUCUCGGCCAGCAGAGGCGCUUCGAAGCCCUUGACUUUUGCUACCACAUACUGCGCGUUCAACAAGUGGAUAGAAAGGACGAAAUCGUGAAAGGGAUCCACUUAAAGAGGUUGGUGGAGAGGAUCAGACGUUUCAAGGUUCUCAACUCACAAAUUUUUGCAACCCUCAACAAAUAUUUGAAGUCAAAUGAUAACGAUUCCAAGUCGGUAGAACAGGUCAGAUGCUUUCCUCCUCCAAUUCAUCCUUCUAUCGCUCCCCAGUCGCAUUAUUACCGCCCUGAACAAAUUGUACAUAACUGAAUUUUUUUUUUAUGUCUGCUUAUUUUAAAUAAUUUAUUAAUAUGUUCUUCUUUCUGUUAUUCAAUUUAGGCCACAUUUUUACUAACAAAAUGUUUAAGCAAUUAGAAAACGCCUCAAACUAACCUUUGUUCCAAAAGUCAUAAUGGUCUCAGCUAUAAUCACUCCCUUGCCAUUUUCUGGUAAAUAAAAACAAAUCAAAUUUUGUAUUUUUACCAUAAACUUUUACCAGAUCAUUUCACUCGUUCUAAACCAUGAAUGGCAAAACAACUUAAAAUCCCAAUAAUUUUCUUCACUGAUUUUUAUAAGGAAAAAGCAAGUCUUAGAAAAGAGAGUAAAGUAAUGCUGAAUUUUUUUUCAAGUUUCCUCGAAGUUUUGGAGGCUGGCUGACCAUAAUAUUGUGUGGCUUGAAUGUUUGAAGAAAGAAGACUGCGAAACACUACCCGGGCGUUUCUCUAACUCUCUCACUCUCUGUUUUCUUAGUUGGCAGACCUCCCACU